UGAGUGUAACAGAGAGAGAGAGAGAGAAAGAUCCAAGGACAGACGGCACUAAGGGGAGGGGAAAUAACACACUCUCAGUCACACCUACCCAACAGCCAUCACGCAGCCUCUACGAGACAGAACAGAUCUUGACAGUGAGGAAGAUCCAUGUCUACAUCAGAGGAGCAUCCGGGACAGGCCAAUAGCUCCUAAAGCUGCAGAGAAUAAUACAUGCCAAGGACUACAAACACAGAGGGAGAGAGAGAAAGAGAGAGAGAAAGAGAGAGAGAGAGAGAGAGAGAGAGAGAGAGAGAGAGAGAGAGAGAGAGAGAGCACAGCAAGCCCAGAGGGAAGGACAUUUCAGAAAGGGCAAAACAGAGAGGAAGAGGCUACAAUUGCAGGUUUGUACUGGACCUUAACACAAAUCCUUAAAAAGCUGCCUAUUGGGGUUUCUCCACCUCUCUGCACACGGACCUCCACUCUGUCUCUUGCUGUCUGCAGAGAGCUCCGAGGGUAUAUAGUCUCUGCUUCUGUGCACAGCACCAGAAAUAGACUGCUUUACAGUCCGAGACCAUGAGUGAGGCGAAGAAAGGUGAACUUGCCAUCCGCGAUAAAGCCAUCCUUCACCAGCAGAGGCGUCUGAAGCAGGCCACCCAGUUCACACACAAGGACUCAGCUGACCUCCUGCCUCUGGAUGGGCUGAAGAGACUGGGCACAUCUAAAGACUUGCAACCUCACAGCAUCGUCCAGCGUCGCCUGAUGGAGGGAAACUUCACGCGGCUGCGAGGGGAGGCCUGUGACCCCAACGCCAGGGUUCGCUCCCCGUUGGCUGACAUGAAAGACGGACCGGCUGACACCGAAGAAAGGAGCGAGAGCACUGCCGAUGACUCUACAGAGGAAAGGGAGUCUCUGGAGGAGAGCGAGAGGAGCCUACGUUCGGAUGAAGAGGACGACAGCAGCGAAGCAGGAGCGCGACAGACGGCUGAGAAGGCCGAGGGCACAGAGAGCUCGACCGUCCUCACAGCUCUGGUUGUUCCAUGCAAGUGCUGCAAGACUGAAGUCAAAGCAUCCAUCAACACCGGCAGCCAGCAUAACCACAUCUCCACCUCCUGCUGCCGGAGGCUGGGACUGGUGCCCAGUUCACCAUGUGGAGAGAGCAGCUCAGUGACUGAUCUGCAGCUGCAGCUGGGCAGACAGACGGUCCGGUGUUCCGCCUACGUCAAAGAGGAUGAGGCGUUUGAACUGUGCCUGGGUCUUCAGACUCUGUUGGAACUUAAAUGCUCCCUUGACCUGAGCAGCCGGGUCCUGAAGCUGCAGGGCUGCGGCGAGGAACUGCCCUUCCUGAACCCUUCGACCGACAGCCAGUGCCAACACGACACCAACGAGAACCUGUGAUCCCGACUCGACUACGGCGACCACUUCCUCGAAUCUCGACCGGUUGCAGCAACGUGGCCCGAUGCCGUUUGUGUCUGGACGAGUACGGUGUCAGUGUCUUUCACACACUGCCAGAACAUGGAUGACCAUUCACCACCGUUUUUAUUGAGUUUACAUCAUUGUGUUUGUAGAAUUCAAACUAUGUUUAUCUCUAAAUUAGUCUAGUUUUUAGAGUGGGUGAAAAGCCAGUUAUGAGCCAAUCCGAUCUCUCAUUUUUUAUGAUUACGUACUGUAUAUUGUACAUUGUGCAAUUAGUCUGCUGAGCUGCUUGGGUACACUGAUGCUCUCGUAAAGGGGAAAGCAUUAUAAUCAUUUAAAAUGAACUUUAGUGAAAUAUUUUGUGAUUUGGCUGUACAAUAAUUACUUUAAAUCAUCAAGUAAAUAAAAAAAGUGUUAAUUGUAAAUCAUUUCAGUUUAGAGGGUGAAAGGAAUUGUUAAAAUAUUCUUAUAUUUUGAGACAUAUGCUAGUAAAUUAUCUUACCAAGUUAAACGAGAAGAUACCUUGCUCAUGUCUGUACGGUAAAUAUGAAACUAUAGCCAGCAACCGGUUAGCUUAGCUUAGCAUAAAGACUGGGAACAGGGGAAAACAGCCUGCAUGGCUCUGUUUUCCCCUGUUUCUAGUCUUAAUGCUAUGCUAAAGUAACCGGCUGCUGGCUGGAGCUUCAUAUUUACGGAAUGAACAUGAGACAGGUGUAGAUCUACUCAUCGUAUUCUCCUCAAGAAUGUGAAUGAGCGUAUUUCCAAAUUGUCCAAAUAUUCAUUUAAAAAUAAGUAUGACCUGUUUAAAAAGCGCCCGUACUCAGGAUCCCCUUUUCAGCGUGCUAAAAGGAAAUUUUAAAAAACAUUUAUGAUGUCUUGAGGGAUUAGAUUUGGAAAAAGCUACCUCUUUAAGUAUGAAAGCCUAUUUCCAUCAAUGUGAUGAAGUAAAAAGAUGCUGAAAGUCAUUAUGAUAAGUUAUUCUCUCAAAAUAAUAAGUGUGUAUCUUAAAAAUAAUGAGACAUCUCAAAAGAAUGAGAACUUUCUUAAAGUAUAACUUUUAAUUUUGAGAAGGUUUCUUGUUAUAAUGACUUACGGGUCUUUGGGCAGAUAUGGGCUUCCAUAGGCCUAUGUAAGAUACAAAGAUGGGAAUUUCAAAAGAUCUGAGGAACCACCUUUUCUCACGUACUUAUAUUUAGCUUUGUAAAGCCCCUUUGCUCUCUUUCCUGAUCAAAAGACAGCUGUGGUAACGUUUUCCAGGAGCACACUUCCAGUCGGUCAUGACGGCCUAGAAUAUCCAAAACAUUCCAUCUGCAUGACUUUGUAAAGUUCUGCCUUUGUAUAAGGGUGCAUGUUUGCGUACUAGUCUGAUUGUGUCUGGAGGGGCCGUGUGUGUGUGUUUAUGUGUGUGUGUGUGUGUUUGUGUGUGGGAGUGAGUUGAAGCAGGGUUUUUCAUGCCUGUGUAUGGCUUGUGUUUCACAUGGGAAAAAGUGGAAUAUCUUCCCAAAAACCAGUCCACCAAGCUCCGGUCAGAGCAAUCUGCCCAAAGCCGACCCCAGCUGCCUUCCCUCUGCCUCUUUCAGGAGAUUGUCAUCACUCGGCUGAUGCUGCGCUCUGUGCCAAGGUCUCUCUUUAAGCUCAUCGUCCUCAUCAUUCAGAAGGCUACUGUUAUUUACUUUGACUCAUGUUUGUCACAAGAAAACAAACUCCCCACUCCAGUGCCACCUGCCUCUCUCGCCAAUUAGUGUGUUCAUGGUGUGGAGAAUGAAGAACUGCCUCAGAUCAUGCUGUGCUUUAAUAACAUCUGAGCUGUGCUGUGCAUUUUUGACUGUGCUGCAGUAUCCAUCCUCCGCGGACGUCAUCCACACUUAGAUUGGCAAUGUUUCUUUCUCUUUUGAUGUACUAGUAACCUUUGUACGCUGUAUGAGAGAAAUCAAUGUAUGACAGAAAUUUAUUUUUUGGUGUUUCUCUUCUCUGAACAGUAUUUUCUCUGCCUAAUAAAAACAUGUAUUCUGGCUA